GAAGCAACUCAUGGAAUACUUUGUUGAGCAAGGCAAAUGUUUGUAUGGUGAUGAGUUUUUGGUAUAUAAUGUGCAUAGUAUGGUUCAUUUGGCAGAUGUGGUUGAAGAGUUUGAAAGUUUAGACGCGUGUAGUUCUUUCCCAUUUGAAAACUACAUGCAAAAGUUGAAACGUCUUGUGCGAUCAGGGAAGAGUCCAAUUGCACAGAUUGCAAAACGCAUGAGUGAACACUCUGGUUCCAUUGAACUUGUAGAUGAGGAUGCAGUCAGUGUAAAAAAUCCAGAUAAUGUUUUUAUUUUGUCUGAAUCAUCAUGUUGUGAAGUAGUAGAUAAGACUGGCAAUCAUGAUCACAAUGGGGAUGAAUUAUUUCAAUGCCGAGUUUAUAGCAAAACUGAAUCCAUCUUCAUGACUCCAUGUGAUUCCCGCCUCAUUGGUGCUUACAAGGCUAACCAACGCUGGACAAAUAUGAGACUACUGCCUUCCAAAGAUCUCAAGAGAAAAGCCAUAAAAAUUAAUCUUGGCCCUGACAAAAUUAUAUUCAUGGCUAUAUUGCACACAAAAUACUAACAGCACUCUGCACUGAAGAUGGCAAACAACAUAUAUGCUGUCGUUGAAUUUAUAGAGGAACAAUUAGUGGAAAUUGUUGCAACAUGUUGGAUUGAGACAAUUGAUUGUGAAUUAUACUGCUACUGGCCACGAAAUAAUGCAUCUCAUAAAUUAAGGAAGCUCGAGAUUCCAGACAAAGAAACUUGGAUUGCUUAUAAAGUCAGAGUUUUCUCAUAUACAGAUUCAGUAGCAAAAGCACAAAAGAUUUUGAAAAGGGCUGAAGAAACAUCAAAUGUUGAAUCCGAUUCAGAUUCUGGCCAUGCAAGAAAAAGAAGGCGCACAAAAGCCAGUUUAUUUGAAUAUUCAGAAGGCAGUGAUACGGAUGAAGAUAUCUCAAAAAAUGGGAAAAAGAAGUCAGCCCCUACAUCAUCUUCCCCAGUUAUUACACCAUUGCUCCCUGUUGCACCGAGCUUUUCAUCAAAUCCAUCGAAUGAAAUGAGUCUGCCCAUGGCUCAGAGAAAGGGUUUGUCAACCUUCGAUGUGAGCAAUAGCCUGGGUCAUCAUGAUGUUCUUCAAGAUGGUUCAGUUGUAAAUGCAGUCAAUCAGGUGUUCUCUUUAAAUCCCAGUGAAAUUUUUAGUGCCCUGAGCAAUCCUCUCACUGAUGCAUCUAGGACCAGUUUAAGUUCUGGUGUACAGAAUGUCCAUGGAACUGUUGGAACUCCUGAAGGCAACAGGAAUUCAUGUGAAAGAAGCCAGAAUUACAGUUCUGGUGCAACUACAGACUCUUUUGAAACACCAAAAUCAGGCAAUCGCAACUCUCUACAUCAGGAUCACGACAGCUUUCAAAGAUCUGUUCUGACGAAGCUUGAUAUAAUGCUUGAAAAACAAGAAGAAGCAUUAUCAAUUUUGCGGGUAGUACUUGGUGCCACAAGAGGUGUUAGUGGAAAUGACAUGCUUGAGGAUAUUAUUCCCAAUCCUCUGGACUCAGUUGAGAAUUGGAAAACCUUAAUGAUCGACUUGCAGAUGAAGAUGCUAGGAAAAAAAUGUUACAAUUCUUCCUUGCUCUGUGUGGGCAUAACCAUGGUGUUAGCACAAGAAGAAUCCUGGCUAAGGUUGGAACAAACAAGCUGUGGUCAUUAUAUAGUCUGAAGGGGAGAAAAGCAAAGCGGGCAUUUAAAGAACUUGCUGUCUCGAAAAUUGUUAUCAAGGCCUGUCUACGUGUUCACAAAGGUGUAAGUGAAAUAGACAUCGAGGAACAAAUUGCAGAGUAUUUGAAGCAUGCUCCACAGAAAUCCGGUGGCUCUAGAUACAAGGAUCGUAGGAACCAGGAGCAAGGAAGUGCAUAACUUAUUUUAUGGUGUACAUUUUAUCUAAGGCCUAUCUACACGAUGCGAUUA